ACAGUCAAAGGAUUCCAACCUAAUCAACAUUAAUAUGUCUGCCCCCACAAGAUUGCAUUAAAGAACAUGGCGUUUUAGGGAACAUAAUACAUCCAAACUGGCACAAGGGGUUAAGAUGAGGACCUCAGUGUUGUCAAGUUCAAGAUGCCUAUUAAAUGUCAAAUGGAGAUAACAGUAGGCAGUUGGCUAUGCAAACCUGGAGUUCUGAAGAAAAGUCCUAGUUGGAUCUGUGAAUUUGGAACUUAUCAGUAUAUAAAUGGGCUUUAAAGUCAAACCAUGAAUGAGCCUGAUGAGAUCACCAAGGAAAUGGGUAUAGGUAGAACUGAGAAGAAGGUGAAGCAUAGAGCUUUGGGCACUCAUGUGUUUAGAGUUAGGGAAAUGAGAAGGAACUAGCAAAGAUGACUGAUGGAGGCACCAGAAAGGAAGGAGGAAAACCAGGAGAGAGUGAUAUCAUGGAAAGCAAGUGAAAAAAGUGUUUCAGAAAAGAGGGAGUCACCAACUGUGCUAGAUACUGUGGUGAGGUCAGGUAAGAUGAGGACUAAGAAUUGAUCAUUGGAUUUAGCAAUAUGAAGUCAUUGGUGACCUUGACAAGAGUAGUAAGAUUGGACUCAAGAAGAGAAAUUGAAGAUAGAAAUAUUGACUCACUCUUGGGUUUUCCUGUAAAGGGAAGGAAAGAAAUGAGAAAUAGUUGGAGGAGUAAGUAGAGUCAAAAAAGGGUUUUCUUUAAAAAGGGAGAAAUAAUAACAUGUUUAUAUGCUAACGGAAAGAACCAGAAGAGAAGAAACCAUUAAUGCAGGAAGAGGAAGGAGAACUGGUGAGGAACACUUUUAUUAGAGACAUCAGUGCUGGGAGCACAGACGGUUCAUCCAUGGCCACAGAAGAAUAGAGUAUUUAGGUGCAGAUGGAGGAAGGUGGGUAAAUACGGGAACUUGUGGAUAUUUUUUCUGAAUGUUCUACUUUCUCAGUGAAAAAGGAAGUAAGGAUACAAGUUGAAAGUGAGGAUGGGGAAGGAGGUGCUAGAGGUUUGACACGAGAAGAGACAAAAGAAUUGUCUGGGAGGUUGAGAGAGUAUAUGGAAUAAGGAAAUACAGUGAGGGACAUGUUAAGAUUUGCUUGGCAGCAAACCAAAGAUAGAGUAUUAGAGACUAAUGGCAGGAAGGCCAGUAAGAAGGUCAUUGAAGUGGUCUAAGUGAGAUUUGAUAAGCAUCUGUAUCAGGCCAGUUGUAUUGUCGUUGGAGUCACUAGUAUAUAGAUGGCAUUUGAAGCUGCAGGUGUGGGUGAAAUUGUCCACAGAAAGCAGAAUAACAAUAGCAGUUGGAUAGAGGAUGUAGGAAAACAAACCCCAAACUCAGAAGGAUCCUCCAGGGAUAUAGAAGGAAAAACUAAAAGAAAGAGGGCAGAGAAUCUAAGGAAAGAGUUUUGUGGAGGGAGUGGCUACCUUCCUGCUGCUCAGAGAGGUAAGAUGAGAUAAGGCUUCAUACAUGAGCUCUCAUGUACAGGAAGUUGUAGUUUUGGUGAACGAGUAGAGCAGAACCCCCUUUAACUGUUCGCUGAGGAGUAAAUAGAAAUCAGAAGUAGAGAUAGUAUAUAAAGACUGUACUUCCAAAAGUAGCAAGGCCUAUACUAGGGCUGGAAUGGUGUUCCAUGCAGAAACAACAGCUUCUGGAGAGACCUGGAGACAAAAGGCACAGGAAGGAGUUUUAAAGAGUUUGAGAUGAAAUCGAAGAUGUAAGUAAGAAUACAGCAGAAAAUGUCCACUGAACGGACUUCUUGGACAAACCUGUCCACUAUUCAGAAAAUAGCACUGGGCCUUGGGAUCCCAGCUAGUGCGACAGUUGCCUAUAUCCUAUACCGCAGGUAUAGGGAAAGCAGAGAAGAGCGGCUGACAUUUGUUGGGGAGGACGACAUUGAGAUAGAGAUGCGGGUUCCCCAGGAGGCUGUGAAGCUGAUCAUUGGCCGACAAGGAGCCAAUAUUAAACAGCUUCGGAAACAGACAGGCGCUCGGAUAGAUGUGGACACAGAGGAUGUAGGCGAUGAGCGGGUGCUGCUUAUCAGUGGUUUUCCUGUUCAGGUGUGCAAGGCCAAAGCAGCAAUCCAUCAGAUCCUGACAGAGAAUACCCCAGUGUCUGAGCAGCUCUCAGUUCCCCAGAGAUCUGUGGGCAGAAUCAUAGGGAGAGGUGGCGAGACAAUUCGUUCUAUCUGUAAGGCCUCUGGAGCCAAAAUUACUUGUGACAAAGAAUCAGAGGGGACAUUACUACUAUCAAGACUUAUAAAAAUCUCAGGAACACAGAAGGAAGUGGCAGCAGCCAAGCACUUGAUUCUGGAGAAAGUUUCAGAAGAUGAAGAACUUCGGAAGAGAAUUGCUCGUUCUGCAGAAGCAAGGGUCCCACGGAAGCAGCCCAUUAGUGUAAGAAGGCAAGAAGUGACAGAGUCAGGUGGAGCUGGAGAGCCAGCUAUAUGGAAAAAUGCUGGUGCUAGCAAGGAGCACCCUACACCACUGGCACUUCCUCCACGCAACGGAGGUGGCGACAUGGCUGUUUUAGAGCCAGAGCAGAAAGAAGGUUCCUGGGAAAAAACUCAUGGUGACAACCUUCAAGAGGAAUCUGGAGCCCAGGCCAGUCCAGAAAUGUCCAUGUUUGAAAUCCCCAGCCCUGACUUCAGUUUCCAUGCUGACGAGUACCUAGAAGUCUACGUCUCAGCCUCUGAACACCCUAACCACUUCUGGAUCCAAAUCAUUGGCUCGCGCAGCUUCCAAUUGGAUAAGCUUGUCAGUGAGAUGACUCAGCACUAUGAGAACAGUCUGCCUGAAGACUUGACUGUACAGGUAGGAGACAUUGUGGCAGCACCUUUACCAACAUAUGGUUCCUGGUAUCGAGCCCGGGUUCUUGGCACCUUGGAGAAUGGGAACCUGGACCUCUACUUUGUUGACUUUGGAGAUAAUGGAGAUUGCCCACUGAAGGACCUCAGAGCUCUCAGGAGUGACUUCCUAAGCCUUCCAUUUCAAGCAAUAGAGUGUAGUCUGGCACGGAUUGCCCCCUCAGGUGAACAAUGGGAAGAGGAAGCUUUGGAUGAGUUUGACAGACUCACUCACUGUGCAGACUGGAAGCCCCUAGUGGCCAAGAUCUCUAGCUAUGUUCAGACUGGGAUCUCAACUUGGCCCAAAAUCUACUUGUAUGAUACUAGCAAUGGGAAGAAACUUGAUAUUGGAUUAGAGUUAGUUCGUAAAGGAUAUGCAGUCGAGCUUCCUGAAGAUGUGGAAGAAAACAGAGCUGUCCCAGACACAUUGCAGGAAAUAGCCACAGAAACAGACGUCUCUCUAGGCAGCAUGCUGACAGAGACCAAGAAGAGCCCUGGAGAAAUAUCACAUACCCUGUCCUGCUUCAGCUUAUCAGGAUUUGGCACAGGAUUUGGUGUCUGGAGAAAGGAGUCUAUGAUAAAAGAGGUCCCUGCAGUCCCUCCUUUGUUGUACACACAGUCUGGUUUGCUGUGGACCAAAUGCAUUAUCUACUUCCGUUGGACUUACCAGAAAGAUUGUGGGGAACAAGAUGACAAAUACACCCCCCUACUCUGCCCCUCUGAACCCCCUUUUCCAUUGUUCUUCCUGGCUGUUUAACAUCAGGCUCAUUCCCAUCUGCCAGCCCUAAUGCACAUUACUGCUAGGCUAUGUCCUUUAUGAGACUGGAAAACACCCAGGGUUUUGGUCAUUGGAAGUGAUGGUUCUGCAGACUUCUGACUCGUCUCAUCAAGUGACUAUGGUUAAGGGAAGUCUCUGAGUGGUGAACUGGGGACUCAUAGACUGCAGUGAGUCAGGAGAACGCAGAGGUUAAAAUCUGCAUAAUUAGAUUAAAAAGCCUAGGGAACUAGGAAGAUAGUACUGCCUCCCAAAUUCAACUCUUGUUGUUGGAGACAGGGUUUUUGAAGCAACUUCCCAACUAUUUCCCUGUAAACUUUGGUUAAAAUACGAAUAGAAGAGAGAAGACUCAGGAAAUAAGUUGCUAGUGUAGUAUCUAUAUAUGUAUUACACACUUAGAUCCAUAAGGAGAGAAAGAAUAUAUAUAACUUUGUUUAAAUCAUUUGAGGGAUUCUUUGCUGAAUAAAGUUCUCAAGAAAAUUAUGUGAAA